UGUUCGUUCCUUCAUAUCCCAAACCAGUUUCACUCUCUCUUAUUUUCUCGUCAAAUUUCCCUUUAUAGUGUCAUUCACUUUCAGCCUUUUUCUUGAUCUUGACAUUGACAACUAGAAAAUGGAGGGUGAGAGUUUGUCUGAUCGUUUCUUUGAGGAUUCUGAAUUUGACAUCUUUAGUAUUUUAGAGGCUUUAGAAGGAGGCGGUGUUUCGGAGUUUAACAUGAGUAACCCCACAACAACAACAACUUCGGAUGAAAUUAAUGGUUUAGUUUCCAAAGAAGAAGAGAAGAAAAGGAAGUUGGUUUCUCAGAAGUCAACAGGUUCUAGUGCAACUUUACAAGAAUACUCAGAGACUGAAGCAGACGGUGGUGCUACACCAAAUAGCAAUAAGAGACAAAGAGUAACAGCGGUAAUUGGUGGGAUAGAGGAGGGAAAUAACCAAAUAGAAACAAGGAUUUCUCACAUAACAGUUGAAAGGAACCGCAGAAGGCAAAUGAAUGAACAUUUGUCUGUUCUCCGCUCUUUGAUGCCUUGUUUUUAUGCUAAACGAGGCGAUCAAGCAUCAAUAAUUGGUGGGGUAGUGGAUUACAUAAACGAGCUGCAGCAAGUUUUACAAUCAUUAGAAGCCAAGAAACAGCGCAAAGUUUACAGUGAAGUUCUAAGUCCAAGACUAGCAAUUCCAAGUCCAAGAGUAUUACCCUCACCUCUUAGUCCAAGAAAGCCACCACUUAGCCCCAAAAUAAACUUACCGAUUAGCCCAAGAACCCCACAACCAACCAGCCCUUAUAAGCCUAAUAAUAAUAAUAACAAAAGGUUACAGCAACCAACAAUAUCUGCUACUCCACUAGAACCAUCUCCUACUUCUUCUUCCACUAAUUCCUCCAUUGACAGUGCCAAUGAACUUGCUGCUAAUUCAAAAUCAGCAAUUGCUGAUGUGGAGGUGAAAUUCUCCGGCUCUAAUGUUAUACUGAAGACGAUGUCGCCGCGUAUUCCUGGCCAAGCUGUGAAGAUUAUUGCUGCUUUAGAAGAACUCGCACUGGAAAUACUACAUGUUAGCAUCAGUACUAUUGAUGGAACCAUGCUCAACUCUUUCACUAUUAAGAUUGGAAUUGAAUGCCAACUAAGUGCUGAGGAACUGGCUCAUCAGAUUCAGCAGACAUUCUGCUAAGCACAGUACUCAAUAAUUACUUUAGUAGUAAUAGUAAUUUAGUACAUGUCCAGACCACCCUAUUUCCUUUUGUUUUUUUGUAUUUUACGAAAAGAAGUGUCUCAUUCCUCUAGAUCGAUCUGACUAGGGAGCUGUAACAAUAAAUUAAAGAGAACGUGGGUGGUUGAAUUUACCACCAUUCUGAUUUAACAGACGUUACGUAUAGAUUGUCAUGACUUUUAUUUACUAGCUAGUGAUCGAUCGUUUGAUAUGACCCUUCUGUACUCAUUUCCUUAUGUUCAG